CACUUGAAGCGUGGGUGUGCUCUACCGCGCAAGGAAAUUCCUAUUGGAUAUUGUUGAGCGCAACCACAACCCACGCAUACUAAGCAUUAUUAACAGACAACUUUUAUUGUGAAAUCUGUGAAAUCAUGGCCGAAGACAUGUUUCUCCUUUGGGGUUCUGGCUCUCCUCCAUGCUGGAGAGUCAUGAUUGCGCUUGAGGAGAAAAAUCUGCAAGGCUACCAACACAAGUUGCUGUCUUUUGAUAAAGGAGAGCACAAAUCAAAGGAGGUCUUCGACGUCAAUCCUAGAGGACAACUCCCCUCAUUUCGCCAUGGGCCCCACACAAUAAAUGAAUCUGUUGCAGCCUGCAUGUAUCUGGAGAACCAGUUCCAAUCCCAGGGCAACCAACUCAUCCCCAGUGACCAAGCAGGACUGGCAUUGGUGUACCAGCGGAUGAUAGAGGGCCCCAAUGCACAGCAGAAAAUGAUCGAUGUCCUGAUGUACAUCUUUCACACGCCUGAGGAAGAGAGACAGGAGGCAGCUCUGAAGAAAAAUGAAGAGGCAGCAGCGACUGAAUUUCAGUUGUGGGAGGGCUACCUGCAGAAGCCUGGACCAUACAUGGCUGGAAAAAACUUCUCAAUGGCUGAUGUUGUGUUCUUCCCAACUUUGGCCCUUGCGUUCCGGCUGGGGUUGAGUCAGAAGAAGUAUCCCAAACUUGCUGAGUACCAUGAUUUUCUGAAGGACCGACCCAGUAUCAAGGCCACGUGGGCCCUACAUGGGAUUGAGAACAACCCAUUUAAGAGUCCUCCUCUGGCGAACCUGUGAGCUAUCUGGGGUGUAUUCCAAGUAGGUGGUGUUGUGACAGACCUGUGUAAGUUAACCCAGAGGAGGUGGUAAACCUUUUACAGAAGAGCCCCUUGACUUUGCUAGUUUGGAGAUUGGCUUAGUUUGAGAUCCCCGGGCUGUUCUAUUAUCAGGUUUACAACUUCCUCUGGGUUACUUUUACUAAGGUUUGCCACUAAACCACCUACUUGGAAUCAUGGCCUGGUCUCUAUACGUUUCCUCCCUGUGGAUGACGAAGGUCAUUUUAGGACCAAGGUAGUUUGAAGAUAAGAUGUAGUUCAGCAAGGAACACUAGAGGGCAGCAAAAUCAACAGGAGCCUAAUCUAUCAUUUGUAACAUUUAGAUCAGGAAGACUUCUUGUGAUUCUGCUGACUCAGACUUGUUAAAUGUUAAGUCCUGAUUUAAAAUUUAAAAAAGGAUUAUUAAGUCAACAAACAAGUAGGCUAAGUAGUGUUGAAUAACACAUACUGUAUAUGCAUUACUAGUAUUAAUAUUUAUGUUUAGCUGUCGACGACAGCUAAACAUAUAUUAUACAUAUAUUAUAAUCUAUCAUCUAUAACUGUAUGCUGCUAAUAAAUUGAAGAUUUAAAGGGAAACUCUAGGUCUAAAAAACAACGGUCAAGUUAAAAAAAAACGAGGUGAUUCCCCCAGGCUUGAUUACUGUAACAAUUCUGUGCUUCAUGGGAGGCAACUGAUGAUGCAGUGAAAGGAGGAGAUCUCUGGAGCACACAGAUGUUGCAGUUGCUCAUUUCUGUAUUUUUUUUUUUCAAACAGUGCUCUUUCAGGGGUUUACAUCUUCAUCAGAGUCCAUGACAACAAACUAGGGUCUAUUAACUCUAUUUCUAUUCUGUUUGAUAAUGUGUAUAAAUUCUCCUUUGCCAAAACAAUCAGUAUCAGUAUAAAUCAGUAUAGACCGAUAUAUUGUAUGCAUUUACAACUGAAUAGGGGGUUACUUCAAAAUAAAUUACUUUUUUAAACCACUGGCAGUGGUUAGACCAGAGUUUCCCUUUAAGACCUAGGUGCUACUUUGAAUUCUUGAUUACUGACAUUCGUGAAUGGGAGAUUUCAAGUUAAACUCAGUUUAAUCAAUUUAAUUAUUGUCUCUGUAACUUCUUCUGUAUUCAUGUGAGUAUAACUGCUACUGAUCUCAAUAGGGAACCUAAUUGUGUCAAUUCCAGCCCAUAUCUGUCGGUGUGCAGGCACUAAACAUAAACCUAAAGCAACAAUUCAGUUGCUAUUUGAAACACUGAA